UUGAUAAGCCAUAUCACUUUCUUCUCACUCGUGUAUGAAAAGAAAAAGAAGCGGUACAUUAACUUCUUUUUCUUUUCAUGUUAGCGAUUGUUUAUUUGAUAAAGAGAAUUCAAUUAUUAGUUCCUUGCGUUCUAGUGGAAAUGGAGCUCCAAUUUAGUUUGAAGUGAUAGCUUUGCGUGUAAAAUACGUCAGUUGGUCUGCAAUUUGAACUCUGUUCAGCACAAUUUAAUAGCAGGGUUGGAGAUCCAAAAUGACGUUCUUACCCAUGUUCAUGGAGGGGCUGACGCCCGAAAUGGUGCGAAGGGCAGAAGAAGAAUUAGGGGAGACACCAGAGGUCAGGAUUCAAGCACUUAAAGAUUUGAGGCGUCUCAUUAACGCUGAAGCCGAUUUCCGCCCAUUGAUGGACGACGCAUUCUUAGUGAGGUUUCUGAGAGCGAAAAAAUACAACGUACAGAAAGCCUUCAACACCCUUCGUAAUUUUUAUACAUUUAAAGUGCGCUAUUCCAAAGUGUUGACAGACUUCAAGCCAUCCGAAGUUAAGACAGUUUUGGAAAUGAACAACUUGCUCAUAGUACCCAGGCGUUUACCGGAUGGUACUGCUGUCGGGAUUUUGCGAAUGGGUGAUUUUGAUAUGGAUAAAGCUACCUCAGACGACUUUGUUGCGGCUUGCUUUGUGUGUACAGAGAUUGGCAUCGAGCCAGAAGCUACUCAAGUGUGCGGCGCUGUGCUAGUUUUUGACUGGAAUAAUUUUACUCUCCGUAUGAUUAAGCACUUCGCAUCACCUACUCUUCUACUGCGAGUAGUACGACUUGUACAAGUAAGAAAUGUUUCUGACUUUUUCCUAUUCAUAACACCAAAUUUCAAAUGUUGCCUUUAGUCUAGCACUAAAUGUUGCUCUAAGUGUUGUGUCAAAUGUUGCCUUUAGGCUAGCACUGAGAAA